CUCAUACACUCACACCUACUACAUCAGUAUACCACCAUUGUAUAUCUCAAAUAAACUAGCACAACUUCAGCAACUCGACCAUAUCAUAUCAGCCAAAAUGUCCUCCAAAGAAAACCAAACCCAGCCCGAGCCUCAAGAAGAGGAGGAGCAGAAGGGGUCUGGAGGCUUCCUUGCCCCCCUGCUCGAUCCCGUUGGCAAAGGUCUUGAAACCGGGCUCAAACCCAUCGGCGUACCGUUAGGCUAUGUGACCAAGCCGCUCGGCGACGCUGUAGGCGGCAUCACCAAGCCCGCCCUAGGCCCGCUGGCAGGGUCUCACGACGAGAAGGCCGAGCCCCUGGGCGGCGGCAACAAGGACAGUUAUGAGAGUAAAAAGGAGAGCAUUGGCGGCAAGUUGCAGGAUGGCGAGAACCCGCUGGGUUUGGAUCAGACUGGGAGGUGGGGGUUCGCGGAUGAGUAGAUGGGCGAUCACUUAACGUUCAUCUUGACUAAGUUGGAGUUUGGCUUUCUGUAUCAAUAACUUAUGGUGCGUUUAAAUGUGUGGUGAAAAUCCUGGGGCCACAACAAUGAUGAGCUCUACAUUUUAUCAAACACAUUCGUUCCCGACCAUCCCUCAACUGGAUUCCCAUGCGUGCGGCCCAGCAACCCUUCCAUCUCUUCAUCCUCCAUAUCCUCUCGUAAGCUCUCGAGUAGCACGCUUGCCUCUGCCUCUGCGCCGUGCAUGAGAUCGAAGCUUUCCUCGCUUUCGCUCCUCCCGCUACUACUCAUGUCGAUGCCGCCAUCCCACCAACGGGCUUGUUCGC